AUGACGACCGAGCGCGUCGAGAUCGCAGUUGUGGGGAGCGGACGCGCGGCGCUGAACGUUUUAUCGCGAUUACCGGAGAAAUCGCUUCGUCGAUGCGUCGUGAUCGAUCCCUCGGGGUCGUGGUUGCACGCGUUCGCUCGGACGCAGUUACGCACGGGCACGACGCACCUGCGGUCGACGGCGACGCAGGUGCCGUUUGACAGCGCGUGCGGGCUCGAGCGGUACGUCGAGAUGACGGGGAAAACGCGAGAGAUUUAUCGCAAGAGCGACGGAUUCACCGGGAUCCCGAGCGUGCGCGUGUUCGCGGAGUACUGCGCGAAGACUAUCUCUGAACGGUUUGGAAACACGAGGUUGGUGCGAGGAGCAGUGGUAGACGCGCGGUGGUGCGGGGCGGACUCUGAGGAAGUUCAAGCAGCGCUCAAGGCUGACGACAACAACACAGAGCUCAUGUGUUUCGGAGCGAUGCUGCUGACGCUCGAUACUGGGAAGAGAAUUCUCUCCGCUCGAUGCGUGUGGACGCCAAAGUUUUCAUCGCCUAUGGUGCCUUCUUGGGUGUUCGAUGCGAAGGAUUCGUACGCCAAAGCGCACGCAGAGUACGACGGUCAGGGCACAGAGUGCGGCAUCAUGUGCGCACGAGAUAUCGACGUGAGCUUGGAGAAUCGAGUACGGGACAAGUGCGUAUUAGUGAUUGGGGGUGGGAUGACGGCGGCGACGCUCGCUCUUUCCGCGCACUCAAGAGGCGCCAAGGCGGUGACUCUGAUGUGCAGAAAGAAAAUCGUCGUAAGUGAAUUCGAGUGCGAUGUGAAAUACUUCGGAAGUAAAGGGUUGCGCGAAUUUCACGCGUGCGACGACGCGCAGCUUCGAUCAAAACGUCUCGAAUCUUACAAGUCACGAGCGAGUGUGAAUGAGCACACGCAUCGGCGAUUAAGAGAGACCGAAUCGAACACGGAAGCUGACGAAGAUUGCAUACUGAGAAUAAUGGAGCAACGCGUAGUGAUUGACGCGACUUGGAAUCAAAAAGAGAGUAAGUGGCGCGUGCGAAUGAAGCCCACUGAUGAGGCUAGAGUGCAAUUUGAAGCCACCAUGCACAGAAUGUAUCGUGACGAGGGAAUUGAACCAAGCGCGGCAGCUCUUGCAGAGUUCGAAAGAGAAGUCACGAGCGCGCAUGAUGAGAUUUGGCUCGCAUGUGGAGAAGUUGUAGAUUUAGAGAAAGAUUCUGCUCUUCAAACGCUUUGUCAGACCACGCAGGUGAAAAUUGCCGGAGGCUUUCCGUUGCUCGACGAGGAGGAUUUCGAAGAUGAGCAUCAACAAGGCGUCAAAGCGGCCGCGGGAGGUGGAGGUGGGUGCCGAUGGCCGGGAACAUCGAUGUAUGUCCUAGGAGCUUAUGCAUCACUCACUAUAGGCCCAGGUGCGGAUUUACCCGUCGGUCAUCGAUUGGCGGCGAAACAACUCGUUGACGCCAUGAAGAGACAUCAAAUGAUGAUUCUGAAGAAGCAGAACCCGUAUCAACGCAUUGCCGAUCUUUCUUCCGCGGAAAGAACCCCAGAAAGAGGCGAGUCGUUCAAUCGUUUCAAGAGAUUACCACCAGAGCUCUCAGAUAAAGGUCUGAUCGACAUCGAAGACUUAUUAGGCGGUGAAAAGUUGGAGCUCAUUGAACUGGGUCAGUAUGAAUUCUACGAGGAAGACUUACUCGCGGAUAUUCGUUUGAAGCUGCCGGAACCGAUUCAAAAGAGCGAUGUUUACGUGUGCUUUGAAAGUCGCGCGCUAGAGAUGUGGGCGUUCGGAAAAACUCGCGCUUAUAGAUUCUACAUUCGAAAGCUUUACAAGGAGGUCAUGGUCGACAAGUGUUCGUACAAGGUUUUUCCGAGUAAGAAUCGAAUCACGCUUAAGAUACAAAAAUUCUCGAAUCAUUAUUGGCGUUAUCUUAAGGGCUGA